GUGUGAGUGUUGGAAAUAUUUAUUAUUAUUUAUUUAUAUAUGUAUGUUUCUUUUAAGGUCACUCAUACGAGGUACCAUAAAUACCAAACCCUAAAAAAGAUUCGUGGCUUAACCCUUACUCUGUCGAACUCGUUAUUUUUUUUACUGAUUGAAAAACUCUCGUACAUUUUAUUACAGCAUAGUUGCUAAUAUUGUGUGCCAGUCCUUACAGUGGUACGAUACGAGCUACGGCCCUCCGUCGACGUCCACGCCCAGUCAGCCAGUCACCUGCGGUCGGUCAAGCGUGACUGACCGAUCGGGCGGCAGUGCUGUCUGCUACCGGCACUAACCACUAUUUGCGUAUUCGCGCAAGUGGAUUGCGUUGCGUUUUGUUUACAUCAAUACGCGCGGGUUUCCGGUGUAUGGUUGUGAAUCAUCUGUUGGAUUUGCGCGUUUUUAGCACGCCGCACGCCGCACGCUCGUGUGCGUCCCGCCCGCUGAAAUGGGAAAAGUUUUCGAUCCACAUGUAUCAUCAGAACCCACGAAUCCGUCUACGUCAGGCCUUCAGUCGAACGAGCAAAAUAUACACAGUAUGAGAAAGAAUGAAGAUGAUACCGCCAAAGAUAACAAUGAAGGUUCCAUUACCGAUUGGGUGUCGGGAGGGCCUGUUGGUUCCAAAGCGGCAGUGCUGGUGUUCCGAUCGUGCGUGCUCGCGUCGCGGACGCCGUCCAUGGAGUCGGCGACGAAAACGAUAGGCAACAACACGGGGACCACCAUAUUGUUGAACAAGGCCAAGAAUAUGGCGAGGAGAUUGGUAGCGGAGCCGCAUUCUUUCAGCGUGCGCCCGAAAAAUAUAAUGCACGAUGUGAUGGAGACGUUCGGGAACAGCAACAAGUAUACAGGUCAAGCGUACGUGGUGCGACACGUCAGUGAAACCGAUGUCCCGGAGGCGGUGCCCGUGGAUGAGCAGGGCCAUGAGCCAGCGGAACAUAAGAGGGACAUCGAGGAUGUUCUGAACGACCUCAGCAAGAUCACAUUGAAGAAGAAUCUGAAUGUGGAAAAUACUACAGCCAAUAUCAAACCGCCGGAAGAACCACCACCGCCCAAAGAUGCCAAAGAUGAUAGGAAAAGUAAAAAGACGAAAUGUAAAAACAAGAAAAAGAACACACAGAUACAGAGGACGCUCUCGCCGGCGCUGGACAGCGACGACUCGGAACACCUGCUGGUGAAAGAGGUCGAUAAUGUAAAGGUUUUAGAUAGUAAUCAAAUGCCAGCGCGCGUUCUGAAGAUCACCUACAAGCUGGUGAACACUGAGACGAAGCUGCUGCACCGUUUGCUUCAAGCCCACGGGCUGGUUGAGGCCGGGACUGAUGAUAAGCACUUCAAUCUGAUGUGGUCCGGCCUCCAUCCCAAACCAGAUGUGCUUAGAGCACUCUCGCCGUACCAGAGGGUCAAUCAUUUCCCCAGGUCUUACGAGCUGACCCGCAAAGAUAAACUGUUCAAGAACAUAGAGAAGAUGCAAUACUUCCGCGGCUUGAAGCACUUCGACUUCAUCCCCACCACUUUUCUUAUGCCGGCGGAGUACAAAGAGCUAUGCUCCACCCACUACAGAACCAAAGGGCCGUGGAUCGUGAAACCAGCCGCGUCCAGCCGGGGCCGGGGCAUUUAUAUAGUCAACACGCCGGAACAGAUACCGAAAGGCGAGAACGUAGUAGUAGCCAAAUACAUAGACAAGCCCCUCCUGAUAGGCGGCCACAAAUGCGACUUGCGCCUUUACGUGUGCGUCACUUCAAUAGACCCUUUGCUGGUAUAUUUAUACGAAGAAGGGCUCGUGAGAUUCGCCACAGUUAAAUAUGAUAAGACCAACAAGAACCUAUGGAACCCUUGCAUGCAUCUCUGCAACUACAGCAUCAACAAGUAUCACACGGACUACAUCAAAUGCGACGACCCGAACGCUGGCAACAUCGGCCACAAGUGGACACUGUCCGCCUUAUUACGUCAUCUCCGCAAGCAGGGGCGUAAUACAACAGCCCUAAUGGCCGCCAUUGAAGACUUAGUGGUGAAGUCCAUACUUUCUUCAGCUCAAACCAUUACUGCGGCCGCUAGGGUGUUCGUGCCAAACUUUUUCAACUGCUUUGAACUGUUUGGUUAUGACAUUCUAGUAGACGACAUGCUCAAGCCGUGGUUGCUAGAAAUCAAUCUGUCGCCAAGUCUGGCUUGUGAAAGUCCAUUGGAUGCCCGCGUGAAAUCCGCCUUGCUGGCGGACACUCUCACCUUGGUGGGUCUGCCGGCUGUCUGCGCCUCGAGGGAUCUCGCCGCGCCCCCACACUCGCUCAAAAUGAGGAUUGGUGCUUGUCGCCGCGUACACUCUGCCGAGAACGUAUUCGUUCGGGGCAAGAACAACAGUAACAGCAACACUAACGGCCAAAGUACUGGAAACGGGACGGGGGGAGGCCUGGGGACUCUCACGGGGGAGGAACUGAGGCUAGUGAGAGCGGUGCGAGCUCAAUACGCUCGGAGGGGUGGCUUUGUCAGGAUCUUCCCCAGCCAGAACAGCUGGCAGAAAUACGCGCAGUACCUGGAUCCAGUGAGUGGAGUCCCCGUAUGCUCUACCUCACUCAACAACGGUGCUGCUUACCAAGUGGUACAGCACAACUACAACCUGCUGGUGCACUCGCACGUGCUGCCCCACUUCCAGCACCACAACACCGGCACCAGCACCAGCCUCACCGACUGUGCCACCAGAUUGAAACGUUAUGAAGCGGUGACGAUAACUUCGACAGCGCCAGCGAUCUCUUUAGGCGAGCCUGUCACGCAAUCACCGCACCAUAAAGACGGCCGCCGCGCUAAGGAAUUGGUCAAGGCGCAAUUGCAAGAAGGAAUGCGGCUGACGAUGGGUGAGACCCGACGGGCGUUUGGAUUGUAUUUAACGCACGUGUUGAAGCGGAUUUCGUCGCCUGGCAACGAGUUGGGCGUUCAGCACGCGGCGCUUGUCCUGCGGUUCCUGAAACGCGCGUCUGCAACGCUCCGUAUGCCCUACAACGUAAAGGGUCCACCAGCUAAGAUGUGCGACAAGGACAGGUGCGCAGUGAUAGCGAAGCAGUUGAACGACUUCCUGUACAUGUACUAUCGCGAGACCGACCUCUAUACCGACAGCGAGGACCGUCGCGGAUGCGUGGCCAAUAUACACUUCGCGCAGUUCUUGUAUUCCGCAAGUGAAGCGGACCUCGAAGACGUGUUGCUCGUUCAACUAAGAAUGGAGAACUUCACAGCAACAUUCUUGGGAGAUUCACGCAACCCCUUCAUCGUGGAUCUGCCGCCUUCUCGACUAGCUCCUUUACCCCCACCCCGACACACGCUACUGCGCCAUCUUGCCGCUUUAGCCCCCGCCAAUACGAGACGGUACAGGCCGUGUUCAGAUCAGUCUAGCCGUGGUGAGGCAGAAGAGUCUAGCACAGAAGAUCAAGCCAUAUCCUUCUCCACUUCGGACGUAGUGCUCAAGGAGUCCCUCAAGGAAGAGAAACCACUCAUCCAAGCCCUCAAGUAUGCACGAUCCUAGCACGACACAAACUAAUUGAUUAAAACUUUUAACUUCACACCAAAUCAUCAAUUACCGCUUACUAAAAAAAAAUCAGAUUUGUCGACAUAGAUAGGAAACCGCGUAAGUGCAAGUUUUGCAUUUUUCGAUUACCUCAUUAUUAAAUGCCACUGACGAAGCUUUUUAGUUUUAAGUAUGACGAAAAUCGCUUUAACACAAUAUCUAAUAUUCUCAUUUAAUUAAAGAUUUGGUUAUAUGGAGAAGCGCCAGAUUAAAGACUAGUUGAAAAUUGAAAUCGGUAUCAAUAUAUGUAAAUUUAAAGGGAGCGAAAGCAAUAUUUAGAGGUCGUAGCCAGUGGAAAAAUAUUUGGGCUACCCUCAUGCGAGAAAGGCAUAACUUAAGAUACGUAAUGUAAAACAAAUACUCAAGUGUUAGUUAACUAGCUAAAAUUCAAAGCUGUAUUUCCCACCCUGAAAAUUUUAAUAAAUCGCACUUGUGAGGUUUUCCCUCUAUGAUCGAGUUUGUCUAUCGUAAAAUUUUAGGGUUGUCAUCUACCUACCUCUUAGAUAGCCAUAAAUUUAUCUAAAAAUAGAUUUAUUCCCAUAAUUGAAAUUAUAGGUAUAAAAAAAAUAGAAAAACAUCUCAUUGAUAAAGAUUUCUGAUAGAAAAUGAAAAAAUAAUCAUUUAUUACCUAACUAACAGAUUAAAUCCGUUGGUUCGGACAUGUGGAAAGAAUGUCAAAUGAGAGAAUGACUAAUUAGAUAUACAGAGAAAAGGGGGCCAUUCGUCUAAAGAAAAUGUUUUGGAAAACGCUAACGCUUUCGAUUUUAUUUUGUUAUAUCUGACCACCGCCGAAGGUUUUCAAAUACCUCACGCUCAUUUUUUAAUAUUGUUAUUACCAAUGCAAAAGAGAAAAAAAGAGCGCGAGGCAUUUAAAAACCUCAGGCGGCUAG